GUUCAAUUGCUUGACCAGUAGUUAGACUACUCUACCCAGUGACCCAGCCUUCUAACCGGAGCAAUCUCUAUUCUCUAGUGUGGGUUGUACAACCAUCACUAGAGCUCUAUGCAAUAACUGCACCAUCACUCUCUAAAAGACUAGCAUUUUGUAUACCAUUGCCGCAUACAUGGACACUGCAGAUGCUGUUGGAGAUCAUGUCAAGAUGAUUGAGGCGAUCCGAAUUGAUGAUGAUGAUGAUGAUUGUGAUGGAGAUGAAAAUGAUGAUUUUGAAGAUUAUGAUGAUGAUGAUGAUGAAAAGCCUGAAAUCGGUUUGGCUUUCGAGCCCGAGAAUCAAUGGUCACUUUGCCGUCAAUAUUUUCCAAGCAAAGCUGGAGGAAUCCCGGCUUGGCUUGAUCCUUUGAAUAUACCAUCAGGGAGGUCAUCUGUGUGCGACAUUUGUGGAGACCCUUUACUAUUCCUGCUUCAGGUCUAUGCACCAAUUGUUGAGGAGAAAUGUGAAAAUACAUUUCACCGGAUGCUGUUUGUUUUCAUGUGUCCUUCCAUGACAUGUCUUCUUAGGGAUCAGCAUGAGCAAUGUAAACGUCAUCCGGAAAGACCAUCUAGAAGUGUGAAGGUUUUCCGUUGUCAGCUACCUCGUGUCAAUCCGUUUUACUCAAGCAAACACCCUACGAAUGAUGGAAGUCAAAAACCUGCUGGCAGUGGAGCCGCACUUUGUGAUUGGUGUGGUACCUGGAAAGGAGAUAAGCUCUGUAGUAGUUGCAAGCAAGUGCGGUAUUGCUCAGAGAAGCAUCAGGUUAUGAGUUGGCGCUCAGGGCAUAAAAUUGCUUGCCAGCAGAUGAAAGUUUCCUCACCUGUUUGUGGACCCAACAGAAGUGGAACCACCUCUUUGGAGUCUCAUAAAGUUGGCAGCAGCAACUUUAUGUGGCCUGAAUAUGAGAUCAUCAUUGGAGAUGAAAGUGAAUCUAACAGAGAUGUAUCCGAGGAUAAUACCUUACAUAAUUCUUUGAUCUUGAGGAAUAGGAUUGAUGACUCAAUGGAUUCACUUAUGGAUAGCUUUCAGGGUACUGAUGAUCAAAACAGUUGGACCAACUUUGUGGAAUGCAUUGCCGAAGCCCCUGAACAAGUAUUGAGGUAUUAUAGGAAUACUAAUGCUAAGCCAAUAUGGCCUGUUUCAAAGGGGAGGCCAUCCAGAGCUGAUAUCCCUAAAUGCAGUUAUUGUGGUGGACCUAUGUGUUGUGAAUUUCAGAUUUUGCCACAGUUGCUGCAUUUCUUCAAGGUUGACAAUGAAGCUGGCUCUUUGGAUUGGGCUUCGAUUGUGGUGUAUGCAUGCGAAGCCUCUUGCGAUGCAAGUUUGCCAUACAAACACGAAUUUGCUUGGGUUCAACUUUAUUAACUUCCCAUUACCUAAAAGUCAAUUUUUGGCUUUUACAAUUUUGCUCAAAAGUAUUAAGAUUUUUUUUCAGAUUUGGUGGAAGAGGUAGGAAUUUGUAUAAUUACUUCAAGAUGUACCAAAAAUAACAAUAAUUGAGGACUAUGAUAGGUGAUUGAAUAAUUUAUAGGCUUAUGCUGUGUCCUUGUUGAAAGAAUUUUUUU